AUGAGUUCUACUGCCAAAACAUCUCGGUCUCGUAAAUUAACUAAUGAACCGGUGAUGGAACAAGUCAAAUAUGAGUUCUUUGUUGUGCGGAAAGGGGAUAUUGUUGGUGUCUACAAGAGCUUUUGGUGCAGAUUUGAGUCUGUAGAGCUGAGAAACGGCAGCGUUUGGAGUAUGGUGGCAGCUGUCGACACAACCAAUACGAAUCCUUUCAUUAAAAGUGUUUAUAGCGAACAUGGUGUCGUUUUUCGUUUAUUAUUUCGUUUUACACCAAAAGAUAGUUGGGUUAAGAUGGCGACACUUCAUUUGGAGGAUGAGGCUAUUCAGUGGCAUCAGGGACCGAUGAGAGCCAGAGAUGCCUGUGAGGUGUUCAAGCCAAAAACAUUGGCUGAAGCAUACUCAUUGGCCAAGCUGCAAGAAAUAACCAUAGCAGCUAUUAAAGACCAACCCAAGCCCCUGACCAAAAGUGCCUUAUACAGAUCAUACCAGGAGGAAAAGGAUGAAGAGGAGAUGGAGGAAUCCAGCUUGAUGGAAUUAUCCUUGAAUAUUUUUGCUUCUUCUUGGCAGGUAUUGGGUUCAUGGAAGGCCAACAACCAGAACAUAGCAGAUCUAUGUAUGAAGGCAAAGGAAUUGAAGGAUCAAUUUCUUUCAUUCCAGAUAACUCAUAUUCCAAGGAUGGUCAAGUUAUAG